GGAACACAGAGGAAGUGACUGACUGGGGGUUCAGGGAAAGCUCCGUAGAAGAGGGAACACUUGAGCUGGGUCUUGAAGGAUGAGUAGAAGUUCACCAAGUGGGAAAGGACACUCUAGGAUGGCCGAGCCUCGAUUUAACAACCCCUACUUCUGGCCCCCUCCUCCCACCAUGCCCAGCCAGCUGGACAACCUGGUCCUGAUUAACAAGAUCAAGGAGCAGCUGAUGGCGGAGAAGAUCCGGCCGCCCCACCUGCCGCCCACGUCGGCCUCGUCGCAGCAGCCGCUGCUGGUGCCGCCGGCGCCGGCCGAAAGCAGCCAGGCCGUCAUGUCGCUGCCCAAGCUGCAGCAGGUGCCGGGGCUGCACCCGCAGGCCGUGCCGCAGCCCGACGUGGCGCUGCACGCGCGGCCGGCCACCAGCACCGUCACAGGUCUGGGGCUCUCCUCCCGGACCCCGGCUGUGAGCACGUCCGAGUCGAGCGCGGGCACGGGUACCAGCACCCCGUCCACACCCACCACCACCAGCCAGAGCCGCCUCAUCGCCUCGUCCCCCACCCUCAUCUCAGGGAUCACCAGCCCCCCCCUCCUGGACUCCAUCAAGACAAUCCAGGGCCACGGCCUCCUUGGCCCCCCCAAGUCCGAGCGUGGCCGCAAAAAGAUCAAGGCGGAGAACCCAGGGGGGCCACCUGUCCUCGUAGUCCCCUACCCCAUCCUGGCCUCGGGCGAGACUGCCAAGGAGGGCAAGACAUACAGGUGUAAGGUGUGCCCGCUGACCUUUUUCACCAAGUCUGAGAUGCAGAUCCACUCCAAGUCCCACACCGAGGCCAAGCCCCACAAGUGCCCGCACUGCUCCAAGUCCUUUGCCAAUGCCUCCUACCUGGCCCAGCACCUGCGCAUCCACCUGGGCGUCAAGCCCUACCACUGCUCCUACUGUGAUAAGUCCUUCCGACAGCUCUCCCACCUCCAGCAGCACACCAGAAUCCACACAGGCGACAGACCCUAUAAGUGCCCACAUCCUGGCUGCGAAAAGGCUUUCACUCAGCUCUCCAACCUCCAGUCUCACCAGCGCCAGCACAACAAGGACAAGCCCUACAAGUGUCCCAACUGCUACCGGGCCUACUCGGACUCCGCCUCCCUGCAGAUCCACCUCUCCGCCCACGCCAUCAAGCACGCCAAGGCCUACUGCUGCAGCAUGUGCGGGCGGGCCUACACCUCGGAGACCUACCUGAUGAAGCACAUGUCCAAACACACGGUGGUGGAGCACCUGGUGAGCCACCACUCGCCUCAGAGGACGGAGUCCCCCGGCAUCCCGGUGCGAAUUUCCCUCAUCUGAGCCGACCCAAGGCGCCGCCCCACCCUGCCCACUGGCAGACACAGACCCAGGCAGCACCAGGCCCCAACUUCCUCCAGGGGCCCUCCAGGAACAGCCGAGCUCUCUCAUGACCUUCCUGACCUUCCAGAAAGCCUGGGCUGCAGAAGCCCUGCCCGGUCCAGCUCCGGGGGCGGCCAGGCCAACUGCAAGAUUCUGGACUGUUUUGGUGGCAUCCAAAGACGAUCUCAGAGCACUUUGAACCUCUCUGUUGGGUUUCUUUUUGUUCCCCACCCUCCACUUGCUUCACUGUUUUUUUGUUUUGUUUUUUAAAGUUUGUUUUGGAAAUAACAAAAAAGAUAUUUAUUGGCCAAGAAGUUGGUGCUGCUAAGACCGAGAAAUUAAAAGAAUCGGACAGAUGGACACAGAGAACCAGAGGGCAGCGUGGGACCUUCUCUUGCCACAGCCUCAGGUCUUGAGGGAAGGCUCAGGCCUGAGUUUCUGGACUGCAAAGGGGACCCCCAGGUGGGAGGGGACAGGAGGCAGCUGGAGUGAGCCACUCACCCCUAGGUGCCCAGCUCACACCUCUCGAGCUACGCCCUGGGCAUUACUGAGCAGAGGGAUGCGGCAGCUCCCAGGGCUGCCCAGGCUUCAGGAGGCAAAAUGAGAGAGGGGCCGGGAGAUCCGCAGGACCAAAGGGUGCAGCGUUGGGCUGGGCUGGGCGCAGGCCCAGGGAAAUGGGGUGAGGGUGGGCUGGGUAAGACCUGGCCCUCCACUGCCCUGAAGACCACCCCAGUCUACCUCGGUGCUGGCCAGGAAACCUAUUGGCUACCUCUCCCACCAUCCCAGACUGUGGGCAGGGGGGUGGGGAGGGAGUGGGCCUGGGCUUAGGACCACCCCCCUCCAGAAUUUCCUCCAGAUGGGGCAGUGCCCAGGGAGGGGUUAUUUGUCUUCCCUGUCAUGGAGGGGGAACUCCCAGUCCAAGCCCUAGGCCCCUUAGCAGGGAAGGGAUCCUCGGGGAGGAGGGUCCCAGGAGCAUACCCUGCCCUCAGCCCCCACAGACACACCCCAAUCUGAAAGCCAUGCGUGUCCGUGUAUAUAGGAACUAUGUACAGAGCCCGGAGAAGCCCCCCUUUCAUCCCCCGGGAAAAAAAAAAAAGAAAAAGAAAACUAGACAGAAACUCAUCUAUAUAUUCUGUAUCUGGAGUUCCGUUUUGAAUAUUAACUGUGUUAUUUUUAUACACUUUUUAAGCCUUAACUCGCCAUUGAUUUACCAGUUUAACGUUUCCUGGGUUUUUUUUUUCCCCAUGGGGUUCUCUGCCCCCCCCCCCACCCCUUUGUUUGACUUGCGUCGUCUGAUAACUCAGUAUUGUAGCUUUUUGUCCGCAUGUUACUACCCUGUAAAUACGCUGUUAUACAUACUGUUAACACCCCAUUUGCUUUUUUCUAUGGGACCUCCAGGCCACCAUAUUUAGAACUAGUUACCUUAUUAAAAAAGAGAAAACAGUCUGUUGGCUUCUCGGUCUGCAUCUUGGUGGCAGGGAGGUGAGGGCACGUGCCCCUCAGUGCUUCAGGAAACAAGUUUGCAUUAUAUUUAAGAAAAGGGAUGGGGAGCAAAAUAAAAAUCGAACGUGGGGUAGACACUAAAUGGAGCAAGAAACAAAGGAAUUCCAAACGCUCUGCUCUUUGUAUUUCUCUGUUGUGAAGAAUAAACUGUACCCACACCUGG